GAGCCUUCCUGCUAUGAUACCAAUGACUCCGAGUUUCGUAUUUGAACCCCCAAGCGAUGAAGAAUAUUCCGAUGAAGAGCAAGGUCUUGGCGAUGGCAAUUUUCAAUCCUCAUGGGACUUCGCAUCUUACUCUGAAAUAGUCUCCCAAGACCAUGCCCAUGGAAGCACCACCUCUGUCAAUUUCAAAAUUAAGAAAGCUUUGCAGCAGCAACCAAUCUCACACCAGAACACUGCUGACGAAGACAACGAAUCCAACAAACAAGAAGAUUGUAAUCAGCUAGAUUCCAGUGAUGAAGAAGACCAGGAGGAAGCUUUUAAUGAUGACCAUGCGAAGCCCACUCCAAUUCAGACUGAAGACAAAGACAAAGAGGAAGGCGAUGAUGCUCCACCUAAUGCUGCCGAUGACAAUAAUAAGCCCUUUUUUGCCCCAUCAGAGGGAGUUUUGUUUCAUGCAAAUUCAUUUAUGGAGUUGAACUUGUCUCGCCCUUUGCUUCGCGCUUUAGAGAAAUUGGGCCAUACCAAACCCACUCCAAUUCAGGCAGCAUGCAUACCAGUGGCCCUUGCUGGUCGUGACAUAUGUGGGAGUGCCAUUACUGGUUCCGGGAAGACUGGUGCUUUUGCGUUACCAACUUUGGAGAGACUGUUGUAUCGCCCCAAGCGGCUGCCAGCUAUAAGGGUCCUUGUUUUGACUCCGACAAGGGAACUUGGGGUUCAGGUUCUGAGUAUGAUUGAGAAACUUGCUCAGUUCACGGAUAUCAGAUGUUGCCAGGCUAUUGGAGGGCUUCCAAUGAAGGAACAAGAGAUAGCCUUGAGAUCAAAGCCAGAUAUUGUUGUAGCUACUCCAGGACGCAUUAUAGAUCAUUUACACAAUUCUAUGUCUGUGGAUUUGGAAGAUCUUGCUGUUCUAAUUCUUGACGAGGCUGAUCGACUUUUAGAGAUUGGGUUUAGUGCUGAAAUUCGUGAGCUGAUUCGUCUAUGCCCCAAAAGGAGACAGACCAUGCUAUUUUCAGCUACGAUGACUACUGAAGUUGAUGAACUUGUCAAGCUUUCUCUUACCAAGCCACUACGCCUCUCAGCCGACCCAUCUGCUAAACGGCCAGUGGCACUAACGGAGGAGGUGGUCAGGAUACGACGAAUGCGUGAAGUAAAUAAGGAAGCAGUUCUACUUGCACUGUGUUCGAAGACAUUCACUUCUAGAGUGAUCAUAUUCAGUGGCACAAAAGUAGCUGCGCAUAGGUUGAUGAUAUUAUUUGGGUUAGCUGGCUUAAAAGCUGCUGAGUUCCAUGCAAACCUUUCUCAACCCCAGCGCCUACAUGCUUUGGAACUCUUUCGGAAGAAGGAAGUUGAUUUUUUGAUUUCAACUGAAUUGAUUGCCCGCGGCAUUGACAUAGAUGGUGUUCAGACUGUUAUCAACUAUGACUGUCCUACAAAUCUUUCAAGCUAUGUUCAUCGAGUGGGCCGUACUGCAAGGGCUGGCAGAGACGGAUAUGCUGUAACUUUUGUGACAGAUAAUGACCGGUCUCUUUUAAAAGCCAUUGAAAAAAGGGUUGGUUCAAAACUGAAGAGUCCAAUUGUUGCUGAACAAUCAAUUACCAAGUGGUCCCGGGUUAUUGAGGAAAUGGAAGAUCAAGUGGCUGCAAUUCUUCUAGAGGAAAGGGAAGAACAAGCACUAAGAGAUGCUGAAAGGGAAGUAACAAAGGCAGAGAAUAUGAUAGUACACAAAGAUGAAAUUUUUUCACGUCCGAAGAAGUCCUGGUUUCAGUCAGAAAAUGAUAAGAAGAAGGUAGUGCACGCAGCGAAGGCAUCCCUUGGAAGAGAAAAGCGUUGUGGAAAUGAUGUAAUCAGUGCUCAGCAAGCCGAAGACAUAAAAAUGAAAGAAAAGAGGAAGAGGGAGCGUGAGAAAAAUUUGCCUCGCAAGAUACGUCGGAAAUUGGAAGCAGCUAGAGAAAUGUUAGAGGAUGAAAAUCAGCUCAAAGGCAGUGACAAGUUUAAAGAGAAGACAGGAAUGCCGCUUGUUGACGUUGCUUACAGACGGGCAAAAGCCAUGAAGGCUGCACAAAAAACAACAGAUGUUGGCAUGACUUUGAAGAAGUCUAGCAAGAGAUGUAAUCUUCCUCCACGAAGAACUCAGUCUAGAACAGAUGAGAUGCGGGACCUGUUCCACAGUGACAUAACUGAAAGGAAGCAUAACAGAAAGCUUGGUGGGGCGGGAAUGAAAAAGUCCAAGAAUUCCUUCAAGAGCAAUUCAAGGUGCAAACGCAGAUAAAGGAGCACAAGAAGCGUCUGUUGUGGAUGCUUAAGUGUAAUGGAGAGCUAUAUUAUGAUAUGAUGCAUAUCUAUCUAAUACAUUAUCCUUUGUUGGAGAGAGGAUUAUAAUGUCUAUUUAUUUUGGACAUGGAUUUCGUAUUUAUGUUAGAACUUGAAAAGUCAUCUCAUGUAUUUUGUGCUUAGUUCCUUAUUUUUUGGGUCUUGAAUUAUGAGAUGCAAAAUUUGUCAGAUCCCAAGACCCAGUGUUUUCCGAGGAUUUGGAUUGAUAAUGCUUGCUUUAGGCCAUGUCUGGCAUGCCGUAAUACACCGGCGAUGCUUGGGAUACGAGCAGGGGUUUCAAAAAGUCGAUGUUGAUCUGGAGAGGAAUCGGCUCAGUGCCGCAACUCUGCCCGUGAGACUUUGGACCUUCCUCACUGUACUGGGGGAUUGCAUCUCAACGAUGGCCGUUAUCUGGUUCGGAUUGGCUUUGAUACCUCUCUGAGUCACCAAAUAUCCCAAGAACUUUCCGCUUUGGACACCGAAGACGCACUUCUCCGGAUUGAGUUUCAUCUGGCACUUCUCCGGAUUGAGUUUCAUCUGGCACUCCGCCAAGUCAUCCAGUUUCCUAUGUUUUUUUUGAAAACCCUACUUAAAGGGAUUGAGUUUGAGGCAGGCUUAAACCCAAAUCCCCUUUAAGUAUACUUUCAAUAUGGUUGAGAUACGUUGUCAAUAUAGGUCAUUCGCAAACCCUACACAAAAAAUGUGUACCCACUCAAGUCAUUCAUGAUAAGGUAACGGGAAGGCAAUUUGAAUUUCGAACUUGGAUGUAUACGGAAGAUCUAUGUGAAUGAAACUCUA